AUAUUAAUUUUAUAAAAGAAAUGAGAUCCAUCGUUGUAUUGUGUAGCUUGGUUGCUAUGGUCUGUGUUUCUAAUGGCUCUAUCGAAGCUAAGCCGGAAUUGCGUCAAAAACGAGCAUUAUAUCAAGAAUAUUGUCCACCAACAAUGACACCCGAGCAGUGUAAGUCUUAUGCAGAAGAGAAACAUAAAACAUCGAAAGAAUGUAUCAGGGCUGAGGUAUCAGGAUUACAUAUUGAAUGGGCAGAUUGUGGAAGUACUAUCUGUGGUGAGAAUACAAGGCCAGUCCCAGCAGAUUUGAGUAAAUCAUAUCCUGAUUGUUGCCCCACUUGUGAAGUUAUUGACCCUACAAAAGAGGCUACAAUGUCUCAGAUUGGAAAAUAAAUGAGGUACUAAAUACUAAUCAACGUACGAAAGCUUUGUAUCCGAAUGCUUAAUUUCUACUAUUUUAAAUCUGGAAACUUUGCUGGUACCUUAUGCAAUAAAAUAAACAAAAUGUAUCUUUUUAUUAUUUUACACUUUAACAUUACGAUUUAUAUGUGAAAUAUCCUCGAAGGUAUUAAAUAAUUAAAUUUUAAGCUCACGAAAAACUUUUCAAUGUCAUAUUUACAUACAACAAUAUCGAAAAUCUGAAUAUAAUAAUUAUGUUUUUUUUUGGCUAAAAAUGCGAAAUAUUUCAGUUAUACACUAAAAUUUACCAUGAUCUGUAGUAAAAAUUCUAAAAAUAUAUAGUAAUCGUGAAAUAUAAUCUGACUGUAAUUAUU